GGGAUGGAUCCCAUGCCCGAAUCAUCUUAUCUCGGUUUUCCGACUUCAAUGCUCCUUAUCAGUCCCAAUCGAGCAUCAACGGCACGUUUGUUGAACGAAAAGGUGCCGGUUCGUUUUGAUGGUAGCGCCAGCCCAAAGAAGCGGCUUCUGCUCGCUUGUCUCCCCCAACAUUGGUAUAUAGAAAGUCCACACAUAUUGCUUAUCAGUCCGAGCCUCACUUCUAGCCUGCCCAGUAAACCUUUGCCCCUCCUUUGUGAAGAAGAGACCCGGAAGAAGCCUGCCAAGCCCACCUACCGCCUCUCAUCCAGCCCAUCCAGUCACAUCCCAACGCCAUGCCCGCACCAAGGCCGACGAACCGGAACCCGGUUCCCAACCCCGUCAUCUCCUUCUGGAACGCCGCGCCCCGGGCCCUAGACGACCACCGCACAACCCCGGAGCUCCCUGCUACGAGCGACAUCGUCAUCGUCGGCGCCGGCUUCGCGGGCGUCGCCACGGCCUACCACAUCCUCAAGGACAACCCGUCCCCGCCGUCCAUCACCAUCCUCGAGGCCAGGAAGGUCUGUUCCGGCGCCUCGGGUCGCAAUGGCGGGCACGUCAAGCCCGACACGUAUUUCCAGGUGCCCAAGUACACCAAGCUAUUUGGGCCCGAGCAGGCGGCCAAGUUGGCUGCGUUUGAGGCCUCAAAUGUGUAUGCCGUCAAGGAGCUUGUAGAGAGCGAGGGGCUGGAUUGCGAUUUUCAUCUGACGCGGGCGGUUGAUGUGUAUCUUGACCCGGAGCAUGCCAAGGAGACUGAGGCUGCAUAUCGGGAAUUAGUCAAGGCGGGCGUUGUGGAUAUGAAGGAUGUUGCCUUCACUCCCAAGAAGGACGCCGAAAGGGUUUCAGGGGUGAAAGGCGCGCAGUGCGCCUUCUCCUUCACGGCAGCACAUCUAUGGCCAGCAAAGAUGGUCCACCAGCUCCUAGACCGCCUCCUCCAAAAGGGGCUGAACCUGCAAGCCAACACGCCAGUAACAUCAGUAUCAUCGACGCCCGACGCCGCCGGCCGCUGGACAGUCCAGACCCCGCGCGGCACCAUUAGCGCAGGUAAAGUCGUCGUAGCCACAAACGGCUACACGGCACAAGUCCUCCCGCAAUACGAAGACCGCAUCGUCCCCGUCCGCGGCCUCUGCAGCCGCAUCACCAGCCCGGGCGGCCCCAACAGCCCGCACCUGGUCAACACGUACGGCAUCCGCUUCGACGCGCGGAACAACGACUACCUCAUCCCGCGAGCGGACGGUAGCAUCGUCGUCGGCGGCGCGCGGCAAAUGUUUUGGCAUAAGCGGGGGGAGUGGUUCGACAACGUCCGGGACGACGAGCUGGUCAAGGGCGCGGCGCCGUACUUUGACGGGUACAUGCAGAGACAUUUCCGCGGGUGGGAGGAGAGCGGCGCGACGACGGAGAGGGUGUGGACGGGUAUCAUGGGGUAUAGCUCUGAUUUUAUGCCACAUUUGGGCGGUGUGCCUGGGAAGCCGGGGCAGUUUAUCAUUGCUGGGUUUUCUGGCCACGGGAUGCCAGAGAUUCUGCUUUCGAGUAAGGGUGUGGCGGCCAUGAUUCGUUAUGGGGCUUCGUUUGAGAGCACGGGGCUGCCGAGUAUCAUGGAGACGUCAAAGGCGAGGAUCGAGAGGAAAGAUAGUCCUCUUGAGAACGGGCUCAAGUCUCUGUGGGAGGAUGACUUGAAGGCGAAACUGUGAGCGAUUUGUAUCCAUAGCACGGUGGUAAUUGAUAAAGAUGCCAAGUUAAUAUCACAUUG